GGCGUUGUUUCGACACGAGCCUUCAGUUGUGAAUAGCUGGUUGGAAGAAGUGCUGUGUUGUUUUGUGAAGGACUUUACGUUAUCAUAAUGAGGUUGAUAUGUUUCUGGUGUUCACUGCUGGCGGCGGCGGCGGCGGUGUCGGCGCAGGCGCAGGAGGAUGGAUUCUACGCGCCGCAGACCUACAGAAACCAUAUCGAAUCGUACCAGAAGGGUCUUUUCACGCCGGCGGGGCGGAACGACGUGACUCCACAGAGCAGCAUCACAGAGCCUUGGAGACCCGUGCAGGAGCCUUCAAGGGAGGCCUGGGGAGCACCAGCACCAAUCAGCGCACCGCUCCUGCCCAAAGCCGAGCCGUGGAGACAACCUUACAUCAGCAAGGAACAGCAAGCCUCGAUCAUCCACCACAAACAGGCGCUCACUUCAGAGGGCAGCUUCAAGUUUGAGUACGCAUCAGACAACGGGCUAGCGGCCGGCGAGACCAUAGAGCCCGACGGCUCCAGGGUCGGGGCCUACCAGUACAAGGACCCCAGCGGACAGAUUGUGAAGCUCAAGUACCGCGCGGGCAAGGAGGGGUUCCAGAUCCUAGAAGGCAGCCAUUUACCAAAGAGCCCUGAGCCCGUAGCGCCGCAAUCUGCUGACAACCACUACCAGCAGGCGUACGAGCAGCAGAGACAGCAGUUCCAGCUGCAGCAGCAAUUCAACCAGCAGAGGCCGGAGCCUCGCCCGCAGAGCUGGACAUCACAACAGCAGUACGAGCAGCCGAAGCCGGCGGCGGCCGGGCAGUACUACUCCAACUGGCGGGAGGGGCAAGAGGACGAUGGACAGUACCGUGAGAACGAGGUGGAGGCGGCCAACCGGGGCCCGCACAACUUCGGGGAGGGCUAUGCGUUCGCAUUUCAGGGCUGAGUCAUUUAAUAGCCCCAGAAAUAUAGAGGCAUAACUUGAAAACAUGUAUUUUUUUAAUUAAAAAAAAAACAUUUUUGAGUUAUGUCUUUAUAUAGCGGGUGAUAUAAUCAUAAUUUAGUUUUUUGUAAAGUUUUGCCGAGAAAUAAACCGAAUUUACGAUCCUCCUUACAAAAAUGUGGUUUUGCAGUUAUUUUCUUCUAAACUUAAUGUUAGAAAAUUAAUAAUUCUAUUUUAUUCUUCACGAUGGAUUCGGUUUAUUUUUCAAAAACUUUUAUCUUUUAAAAUGUUAUGAUUAGUUGUAGGAUAGAAAUCAUAAUUAUUAGUUCGCUUAGAAAUACGCUCAACCGUUUCGUACAUUUUCUUAUUAAAUAAUUAUGUGAUAUUUGUAAAUAAAGUCAU